AAAUUCACUCUGCUCAGUUGGUUUACCCUUCAAAAUUUAAUGAACUUAUUUUUUGUAUUUAUAUAUUUUUAAAAAGUAUAAAUGAAUAAAAAAGACAUCUAUAUUAAGAAAAGUAAAAGAUAAGUUGCUUUCUUGUGGAAAAUUAAUGGAAAUCGUUGAAGGAAUAUGAUAUUAAUUGGAAAAUAUAUAUUUUUUAGGGGAUGAUUUAAUUGAAUUACAAAACAUCCAAUGCCAUGUUGGGUCCUUGCCCUAUAUAUAAUAGGGCAAAGCUUGUGCGUUAAGAGCAAGUGAUACUAUCAACUAGAAAUAUUAAAAAUGAAGGUGAUGAAGGUGUGCUUUAUGGUAUUAGUAAUGAUAAUGGUUUUAUUAUUACAAGAGAUUUGGUGCUCUGCUGAUUGUUGGGAGACUGACAGAAUUGCUCUCUUGCAACUUCAGUCUCAUCUCAAUUAUUCUCUUCAACAUGAUCCAAAUAUUCUUUUCUACUAUGAUUAUUCCACAUCUUUUUCGGAAAUUGAUGUUAUCAAGUGUUGUGAUUGGGAAAGAGUGAGGUGUAGUGCUACCACAGGACGUAUUAUCCAACUCAAUCUUGACAGUAUAAGAGAUUUUUCAGCAGGAAUGUGGUAUCUAAAUGCCUCUUUGUUUCUUCCAUUCCAACACCUCAACCAUUUAGACUUAAACUACAAUCAGAUUGCAGGUUGUUUUAAGAAUGAAGGUUUUGAAAGGCUAUCCUCACUUGAGAAUUUGGAGUUUCUUAAUUUAGGUCUUAAUAAAUUCAACACUGAUAUUUUAUCAUCUCUAGCUCAUCUCUCAUCUUUAAAAUAUUUAUAUCUAAAUGAUAAUGACAUGAAAGGAAGAAUUAAUACUGAAGGUGAGCAUACAUAAUUAAUUUUCUCCAUCUUUAUAUAUUUUCUCAUACCAUUAUAUAUUCUUAAUUAGUUGCUUGUGAGUGUAGAAUUGAACAACUUGACAAAUUUAAAAAAUUUGAUCAUAUCCGGGAACAAAAUUAAAGGGUUUAAGUCUUUCAAUGGUACGUAUAAUUAUUUAUUCAUAAUAUUUUAUUUUUUUUUCUUGAAUAAGUAAAAUAAAAAAAAU